AUGUUAAUUACAGAGUUGAAGAUUUUAGCCAAGGUCUUAGCUGACCGUUUGCAGAUUGUCCUCUCUAGUCUGAUUGGUCCCGAGCAGACUUGUGCUGUGAAGGGCAGGACUAUUCAGGACAACCUUCAUUUGGUUCGCUUGAUCAUCGAGAAAGUCGACAGUGAUGCCGCGCUGAUCAAUUUAGAUCAGUCCAAGGCUUUCGAUAGGGUUGACCAUCGGUUUCUGGAGGCUGUUCUUUCGGCCGCCGGUUUCGGGCCGCACUUUCGUACUUGGAUCCGACUGCUGUAUGCGUCCCCCGGUGCGCUGGUAGAAGUGAAUGGGGUAAGAUCGAAACCUUUCAUGUUGUCUCGCUCCUUUCGUCAAGGCUGUCCGCUGUCUCCAUUGCUGUACGCUCUUGCGUUGGAACCUUUCCUGCGUAAGUUGAAGACGAAUCCGGUCCUUCGCGGAAUUUCCUUACCUGGUGCUACCACCUCGGCCAGGUACUUCGCCUAUGCUGAUGACGUUUCGGUUCUGGUGUCGAUCUGUUGGCUUGCGGUUGGGUUCGUGGAAGGGAGUUUCUCUUCCCGGAUCUUUCCUCUGGACGGACGGGCCGGUCAAGAUACUCGGCGUCUGGUUCGGUCCCGACCUCCAGUUGAAAUGAAUUGGUCGGAGGUGCGAGAGAAGGCCGAGCUCGCAGUACGUCUGUGGACUCGGAGGAAUCUUUCCUUGAAGGGGAGGACGGAAGUAUGUGCCUCGCACAUCUACCCGAUUCUCCUUUACCGACUUUCCGUGCUUCCACUCCCGUCUGACACUUUAUUGGCUUUUGUAAGGCUCUUGUUCUCCUUCUUGUGGGGAGGCAAGGCUGCCAUGGUCAGUCGCGAGAUCUGUUACCUCCAUCCCUCUGAUGGCGGUCUGGGGGUGCCUUGCGUUGAGACUCGUCAACAUACGCUUCGCAUUACUUAUCUAGACCGGAUGUGUAUGCAACUGGAUGAGGACGGCGAAUUCUGGAAGGAAGACGCCGGUAAACAUUUUCCAUCCUUGAGAAAUGUGCGCUCGUGUGAGGAGGAGACCGGUCGUACUCCUCGAUGCGAGGGCUCUUUCUAUCGUGAAUGUCGGAUUUCCCUCAAGCGACUCUUACGGGCGAAGGAUGGCCUCUCCGACGUCCAGCCGUUGUCUCGCAUCACUCACCUGGCUGGUGAUUCGAGGAGCCCUCUGGGUCGCCAAAGACUUCGCGCAGCGGGUUUGGCUAAGUCGCCAAACUGCGUUCGCUGCAGUGGGGAGGUGGAGACCAUAGGUCACGCCUUCUUUCAUUGUAGUGUCGUAGUUCCCUUGUGCAAGUUUGUUGAAGAUAUCAUGGUUCGCAUGCUGCGUGGAAAGUUCUUUGUCCUCGAGGCCAGUUCCGUCUGUAGCAAUAUAGUACCGCCGUUGACUAAAGCUGAGCACUAUGUGUUCAUUUGCUUACUCUGGGUUAUGCGAGUCGUGAUAUGGACGACGCGACAGAAGGAAUUUCAUGGGCGCGAGAAGUUUUCCUCUUCCCAACUGAUCUUGUUCUUUAAACAUCAGCUUAAAGUCAAGAUCAGGACGGAAAGGAAGCGACUCCAUCCAUUGGAAUUUGGGGAAAUUUGGGUGAGUCUUGCGCGUCUCUGCAGAGUGAAAGGUGCUGACUUGGAGUGGCAUUUUGAUGCCGGUUAG